AUGGAUUCAAUGUUCCAAAAUGCUAGCAUGGUCCACGUGGCAUCUAAGGCCGGGGUUGGCGAAGUUCAAUACCAUGUAACGCUAACCACUGGCGUUAGCGGCGGCUUUGUCUUCAACGGAGGGGAAGAGAAGAACACGACAGGGAGGUGGCGGUUAGUCGUCGUCGGGAACAGCAACAACGAGCCUAGCGUCCGACAACAUGAAUGGUGGCGGAAUAGAAGAAGAGGUGAAGAGGGUGGCGACUUCCACUGGAAACAGCAACAACGACACCCCGCGGGUGUGUUCCUUCCGAUCGUCCGUUGCCAUGGUGUCUAA